UGUAAUGCAAAAAACACGUAAGUAUUCCAAGUGUUAAUAAUGUAUCGGACUGUUAGUUUUGUGCUAAUUCGCCGCAGUGAAAUUAUUACGGUUAAGCGUCACUGUAAUGUUUCCGUCUCACAUACAUCAGCAAUUAUUUUUUUGAGUACGGUCUAAGUAAAAUGCUUGGCGUCUUUUAAGUCUAGUGUAAUUACUGAGCGUCUCUGUCAUAGGCUUAAAAAAGUCUCACGAGAUUGAAAAUAAUGACAAGAAACCAGGCCCAUCCCAUUUUUAGAAGUAACGCUUGUAAAGGGGAACUUCAAGGCGGAUAAAUAAGGCGGUUUAUGGGCGUGGUAUACCCAUUCAGAGUCCCGUAGAAAAAUAGAGGAGGCGGGACCUAAGUUUUAGUUUGCCUUUGCCUUGUCGAUCUCGGUGCUCUGAAAGUGCCUGUGCGCAGACUCAAUACAUACUUUUCAAAACGAGACACAUAUGUCGGUGCUCUCGCAUCAAUACCUCAACAAAGAGUUUGCAAUUUGUGGUAAUCCUCUAGAUGAAAACAAGAACAGUAAUUCAGGUUUUAAACAACCGUUUGAAAUACGAGCCCAGUGAGACAGAAUAGACGCUGCCGCUCGAUGAACAAGAGAUUUGAGGAGGAACGUCACCGUACGUAAGGACGCUGUGGCGGCCGCGCAGAUGUCCCUUCACCCGGCUAAGCAACAGCGGCACAAAUUCCUGAAAACGAUGGUGUGAGUCGAGUAGUAAUGGGCGCUGAGUGCAGCCACCUAGCGUGGCCCUGUUACUCCGGCCGAAAUUAGAGGAGAGGCGACAGUUGAGUCCGCAAUGUCUGACCCGAGCUGCUGGAGUGUUGUCCCGGGCGGGAAAGCGCACUUUGUCCCAGGAGCUCUGCUGCAACGUUCCAAGAGCUGUCGAAGCAGCAACAGAAAAAGUCUGGUGGUAGGAACACCUUCACCGACACUGUCGAGACCUCUGUCUCCCCUGUCAGUGCCAACAGCUGGAAGCAGUCCGUUGGACAGCCCCAGGAACUUUUCCACGAGUGCCUCCCUUAACUUUCCCUUUGCUCGCAGUCAUGCUCCUCGAGCUGACAGGGCCGAUGGCCGCAGGUGGUCUCUGGCCUCCUUACCAUCCUCAGGCUAUGGAACUAAUACUCCAAGUUCUACUGUUUCGUCCUCCUCCUCUUCCCAAGAGAGGCUGCACCAGCUGCCCUACCAACCAACCCCCGAUGAGCUUCACUUCUUGUCCAAGCACUUUCGGAGCACAGAGAGCGUUACUGAUGAGGAUGGGCACCACUCGUCUUCGGUGCGGCCACGUUCUCGGAGCCUCAGCCCUGGGCGGACAAGCGGAUCCUUUGAUAAUGAGAUUGUGAUGAUGAAUCAUGUUUACAAAGAGCGAUUCCCAAAGGCUACGGCACAGAUGGAGGAGCGACUCUUGGAGAUUAUUACCCAGCACUCUCCAGAUAGCACCCUGCCUUUGUCAGAUGGGGUUUUGGGCUUUAUCCAGCAUCAGCUGAUUGAGUUAGCACGUGACUGUCUGGAUAAAUCCCGUAAGGGCCUGGUCACCUCGCGCUAUUUCUUAGAGCUACAGGAGAAGCUGGAUAAAAUGCUUCAUGAGGCCUUUGAACGUUCUGAGAGUGAAGAGGUACCGGUCAUCACCCAGUUAGUGAGAAAAAUCCUCAUUGUCAUUGCUCGGCCAGCAAGGCUGCUAGAGUGUCUGGAGUUUGACCCAGAGGAAUUCUAUCAUUUACUGGAAGCAGCAGAAGGGCAUGCUAAAGUGGGUCAAGGGAUCAAGACUGACAUUCCCCGCUAUAUCAUAAGCCGGUUGGGACUCACCAAAGACCCUCUGGAAGAAAUGGUACAGCUUGAACACUACGACUCUGGUAGCACGCUGACACAGGAGAUGGACGAUCCACAGGAGAGUCGGGCCUCCUCCACACCACCAAGAAGAAAACCUAAAGAAAGCGACUUUGAAACGCUCAAGUUGAUCAGCAAUGGUGCAUACGGUGCGGUCUACUUGGUGCGGCACAGAGAAACACGUCAACGGUUUGCUAUGAAGAAGAUCAACAGGCAGAACCUAAUUCUCCGCAACCAAAUCCAGCAAGUUUUUGUUGAGCGGGACAUCCUGACGUUUGCUGAAAAUCCCUUUGUGGUCAGCAUGUUCUGCUCCUUUGAGACUCGUCGUCACCUAUGCAUGGUUAUGGAGUAUGUGGAAGGUGGGGACUGUGCCACACUUCUGAAAAACAUGGGCCCCCUACCAGUGGAUAUGGCCAGGAUGUACUUUGCAGAGACGGUUUUGGCUCUAGAGUAUUUACACAACUAUGGAAUUGUACACCGUGAUCUGAAGCCUGAUAAUUUGUUAAUUACAUCCAUGGGCCACAUCAAGCUCACUGAUUUUGGGCUUUCGAAAAUUGGCCUGAUGAACAUGACAACUAAUCUGUACGAGGGGCAUGUUGAGAAGGACACACGCGAGUUCAUUGAUAAGCAGGUUUGUGGUACUCCUGAGUACAUUGCUCCAGAGGUGAUUCUGCGUCAAGGUUAUGGAAAACCUGUGGAUUGGUGGGCAAUGGGGAUUAUCCUGUAUGAGUUCCUGGUGGGUUGUGUCCCAUUCUUUGGCGAUACACCUGAAGAACUUUUUGGUCAGGUGGUAAGCGAUAAAAUUGUGUGGCCCGAUGGUGAAGAUGUCCUCCCCACUGAUGCUCAAGACCUCAUCACGUGUUUGCUGAAGCAAAGUCCACUAGAACGCCUUGGGACAGGUGGAGCCUGUGAGGUUCGGCAGCACCCCUUCUUCUCUGGUCUUGACUGGAAUGGACUACUGCGGCAAAAAGCUGAGUUUAUCCCUCAGCUGGAGUCUGAGGAUGAUACCAGUUAUUUUGAUACUCGCUCAGAAAGGUACCACCAUCUGGCCUCUGAGGAUGAUGACGAUGAGACCAAUGAAGAUGAAUCGUCUUUGGAAAUUCGCCAGUUCUCUUCUUGUUCACACCGUUUUAGUAAGGUUUACAGCAGCUCAGAGCACUUGGCAAACCCUUUGAGCCACAGUUCCUCUCCCUCAGAACGUAGCCAUAGUGAGGACAAGUGUGACCGAAUGGACAGCCAGGCUUCUCAUGGCUUAAGCGAAGACAUGGUGCGGGGACAGGGAAGUGAAAAGCGAUGGAGACCAAGAGCCUCCUCAAGCUCUUCACAGCCUGACAGAAGCUCCAGCACAUUGGUGAAGAGUAGUACCCACAGCCUGGACACAAUGCCACGCUUUGCCUUCUCCACAGAGGAUGAAGGUGAGGAAAGCAAGCUGGGAGAGGGCCAGAGACCACAGUUCACUCAUGGAGAUGGAGGCAAUGAGGCAGCAGCCUUGCCAGCAGAUAUUGUGAUAUCCAGCAUUCAGCGCAUCCGUCUAAGAAGUAACAGCACCGGGACUAAGCAUUCAACACCCAGAGACCCAGUUAGCGGCCGCAGGUUCGGAUACCAGCAGCUAGAUACCCCAGAGAAGCCAAAAUUGUCUCCUAUUGGCAGAGUCCCUAAGUCUGCCUCUGUUUCAGCACUUUCUCUCAUCAUUACCACAGAUGACAUGUCUGGUGCACCUCUAGCUAGUCCUAUUUCUCCACGCUCCUUGUCAUCCAAUCCAUCUUCAAGAGACUCUUCACCCAGCCGUGACCUCUGUUUUGGUAUCAGCAGCCUUCGACCUCCUAUCGUUAUCCACAGUUCUGGAAAGAAGUACGGCUUUACACUGCGUGCCAUCCGGGUCUACAUGGGUGACAGUGAUGUCUAUACUGUGCACCACAUGGUCUGGAGUGUGGAGGAGGGGAGCCCUGCACAUGAAGCUGGCCUAAAGGCAGGUGAUCUUAUCACACAUGUAAACAGUGAGUCCGUCCAGGGGCUCGUUCACACUGAUGUUGUGGAACUGCUGCUAAAGAGUGGUUGUAAAGUUGCUUUACAAACUACUGCAUUAGAGAACACCUCAAUCAAAAUCGGGCCAGCUCGGAAAGCCAGCUUCAAAGGAAAGAUGGCCAGGCGGAGUCGGAGGACAAGAAAAAAAGACCACCAAGACAGCAAGCGACGCUCAAUUUUUAAGAAGAUUCCCAAGCAGACAGCUGUACUCCAAACCAGCCGAAGCUUUUCUUCUGGACUUCAGCAUUCAGUUUCUUCCAGCGAGAGUUUGCCAGGGUCACCCACACAUAGCUUGUCCCCAGGACCCUCCACACCUUGUCGUAGCCCAGCCCCAGACUUGCCAUCUGAUCACAGUUCUCCACCCAGCACGUCACCCUGCUCUAGUACACCCAGCUCACCAGCCGGCCAUAUCCGCCCCAACUCUCUACAUGGCUUGGGUGCUAAGUUAAGUGGCCAGCGCUACAAAGUGGGUCGACGCAAAUCCACUAGCAACAUACCCCCGUCCCCUCUGGCUUGUAACCCUUGCCCAUCACCUCAGCCCCCGUCACCCCAGAGAUCUCCUUCUCCUUUGCCCAAUUUCACCAAAAAUUUGCAUUCCUUUCAUGGGAAGACAUUGUCCCCUCCCACAAUCAUACGACACAUAGCUCGUCCUCGUAGUAGUGAACCACCCCGUUCUCCUUUGUUGAAGAGGGUCCAAUCUGCUGAAAAGCUUUCAGCAUCUUACCACUGUGAAAAGCGUGGUUACAGUUCCCACAGGCACACACUUGAGGUUCCUCAUGGAGAUGGUGCUGUGGAGGUGUCUGUAGACUCUGAAGGAGAAAGCCCUAGUGCCUUUGGGGGCUACCAGGGAGACCACUGUCGAGGACUUGGUUACUUAGGGACACAACGCCUGCGGGACUGGACUGGUGGUGACAAGCCAGAAGGCAUUGUAGUCAUGAGGAAACUGAACCUGUCAGAAAGGAGAGACUCUUUCAAGAAGCAAGAAGCAGUUCAAGAGGUUAGCUUUGAUGACCCUGAUGUGACACCUGUAAGUGGUGAAAAGACAACUAGUGACCCUCAAAAUAAAGUGUGUGGGGUUCUCCCUGUCCCAUACCGGAAACAGUUCAAGGCUUCCUGGAUUGAAAAUGAGUCAAACCAGCCAUCAGUCAGGAGGUCAACCUUGGUGCCCCAAAUAGCUGUUCAAGGUUCCGAGGGAGAAGAACAGGGGAAGAAUGUGGUGGAGUGGGAUCAUGAUGGUUUGUAUCACUGUCGGGAUGCCAGUGUAGAAAAAGAUGAAACAAAAGGCAGCUUUCAGGAGGAAACGGGAAACCAAGAGCUGCAAGUGACUGCAGUUGCAUGUUGGGAAAUCCCAUCAGCUGUGACAACAAAGGAAAAGGAAGGAAAAAAACAAGAGUCGUCAUCUUAGAAACAAAGAUGUAAUUAUGGAGAACCAAGGAGCUCCACAAGUGAAGGGACCAUCAAUACUAAAUUGCCAAAAACUUAAAGCACAUAAUGUCAACCUCAACAUAAAAUAAAUUUCUGCAAAGCCCUUUAAAUCAAAAUGAAGGAACGAAAUCUGCCAAAAUGUAACAAUUUUUGCAAAAAGAAAAAUACACAGAAAAGACAAACCUUUAUUUUUUAAAAAGAUCAACUAAAUUGUUUUACUCUUUAUAAAAUCCAUACAAAAACCUUUGGCUCCCUGGAGCGUUACGCAGGGAUUUAUUUAUUACUUUUGUAUGUUGGUUAAUAUUUGUAUUUGUGGCAAAAAAAAAAUCUUAAUUUCAAGUGUUUUUUUUUUUUUUUCUUGUUUUUUUGGAUCAAUUAUUCUCAAAGUCCUUUUUAAAUGUUUUUAUAUGUAGCUUGCCUCUGACUGCUCAACAGUCCAUUUUAUUUUAUGUUCUUAGAGAAAUUUUGUGGUACUAAAAAGCAGUUCAACAACCUGUUCGAUUUUUGGACAUAAUGUUAUGUCCAUUUUCAUUGAAGUUGCCUUCAAAAAAAUGCAUUCUAAGUCAUGAGUGUUUAGAAAGAUAACAUUUUCCCCCUUCUAAAAAUUGUGUCCUUUUGUUGCAUAUUAAUUUUACUCUUGUAUUCAAACUUUAUCUCCAUACGCAUCAGUUGUUUAAAGGCAGAUGACAGGAAUAUAGUUUUAAUUUGCAGUUUUCUUUUUUGGUGAAGCCAGUUGGGUAUAGUAGUGACUUUUUAAAAUAAUUUAACUCUGUUCCUCACUAAUUAUUUGCUAUUUUAAAAAAAUUUGAAAUUGAGAUGAGGUGCAUACUUGUAGAUUUUAGUGAGUUUUAAGUUCCUAUCAGGACUGGACCCUACAGCAUGUACCCAUUUUCUGUUGACAUCAGGUUUGUCAGGAACUCCAGGGUGUGUUUUUUUUU